AUGGCAAUCUUAGAGGAGAAAAAAUGUGGAGCGUUGAUUAAACAAUGUUAUAAAUUUUUCAAGAAGUUGGAGAUGGAUCUGAGACAAGACAUUCACUUCUACUUGGUUGAUAAACGAGUAAUGGCCACCCUUACUUCUAAUGGUACUUCUGCAGGGGAGGUAAGUGUUGGAAAAAUAAUGAAAGUGGAGCACUCAAAACACAAAGGACGUGGAUGUGAAAUCACAAUUGCUGUUUUGUUUGGUUUGCCCAUGGCUAUGACGGGAGCAAUUUUGGCUCAUGAGAUGAUGCAUGCAUGGUUUCGACUACAAAACGUGGUAAAUUUGGAGGCAAAGGUAGAGGAAGGUAUUUGCCAAGUGAUAGGUCGAAAAUGGCUGGAUUGGUACGAAGUCAAGAAAGGCAAGGAUGACGAUGGUGGCGAGGAAGCUCAGUUCGAAAAGAACCUUAUGAAAGCUUUGAAGCAUUUGGUUGAAAUAGACUGUUCUGAAGCCUAUGGAGAAGGAUUUAGAGAUGCUCAAUGGGCUGUGGGUAGAUAUGGUCUUAAAAAUACUAUUAAUCACAUUAUUACAUAUGAUACUCUUCCUCAGAAGUCAUAAUAUCUAAUUAUAUUUAUCAUCAUAAAACUUAUUAAAGAAAGUUAAUAUAUUUUAUAAUGAUAUACA